CGGGCGCCCGGCGGCCCGGAGGCGGGGAGCCGGCGGGGGCAGCCUGCGGCGGCGGUGGCGGCGGCCAGCGCGGCCGUCACCUACGAGACGUGCUGGGGCUACUACGACGUGAGCGGCCAGUACGACAAGGAGUUCGAGUGCAACAACAGCGAGAGCGGCUACCUGUACUGCUGCGGCACCUGCUACUACCGCUUCUGCUGCAAGAAGCGCCACGAGAAGCUGGACCAGCGCCAGUGCACCAACUACCAGAGCCCGGUGUGGGUGCAGACGCCCAGCACCAAGGUGGUGUCGCCGGGGCCCGAGAACAAGUACGACCCGGAGAAGGACAAGACCAACUUCACCGUCUACAUCACCUGCGGGGUCAUCGCCUUCGUCAUCGUGGCCGGCGUCUUCGCCAAGGUCUCCUACGACAAGGCCCACCGCCCUCCGCGGGAGAUGAACAUCCACAGGGCUCUGGCCGACAUCUUAAGACAACAGGGACCAAUCCCCAUAGCACACUGUGAAAGAGAAACUAUCUCGGCUAUCAAUACCUCUCCCAAAGAGAACACACCGGUCAGAUCGUCCUCCAAAAACCACUACACCCCCGUGCGUACGGCCAAGCAGACUCCAGGACAUCAUGGGAAGGAGGCUUACGGAAGUGGAGGACCGGAUCUCCAUAACUUCAUCUCCUCUGGAUUUGUCACGUUAGGAAGAGGACACACGAAGGGUGACCAUCAGUAUAACCAUCCAAUUUUAAGCAGCGCUGCCCAGACCCCUACACAUGAGAAACCACGGAUGAACAACAUCCUGACAUCGGCCACCGAGCCCUAUGACCUCUCCUUCUCCCGCUCCUUCCAGAACUUGGCCCACCUGCCCCCAUCCUAUGAGUCUGCAGUGAAGACCCACCCCAGCAAGUACUCAUCCUUGAAGAGACUCACGGACAAGGAGGCUGAUGAGUAUUACAUGAGGCGGCGGCACCUGCCCGACCUGGCUGCCCGUGGCACCCUCCCCCUCAACGUCAUCCAGAUGUCCCAGCAGAAGCCCUUACCUCGAGAGAGACCGCGGCGGCCCAUCCGGGCCAUGUCACAGGACAGGGUCCUGUCCCCGGAGCGGGGCCUGCCCGACGACUUCGGCUUGCCCUACGACCGCAUCCUGUCCGACGAGCAGCUGCUGUCCACGGAGCGCCUGCACUCCCAGGACCCGCUGCUGUCCCCGGAGCGGACGGCCUUCCCCGAGCAGUCCCUGUCGCGGGCCAUCUCGCACACGGACGUCUUUGUGUCCACGCCCGUGCUGGACCGCUACCGCAUGACCAAGAUGCACUCCCAUCCCAGUGCCUCCAGUAACUCCUAUGCCACCCUGGGCAAGAGCCAGACAGCCGCCAAGCGCCAGGCCUUCGCCUCCCGCAGACACAACACGGUGGAGCAGCUGCACUACAUCCCGGGCCACCACACCUGCUACACAGCCAGCAAGACGGAAGUGACCGUGUGACUGGCGGGCCAGGGCGGGGCCGCCGGGCGGGGCGGGGCCAGGAGGGGCCUGGUGCGGAGCCUCUGGCCCCAAGCGGCUCCCCUCUGCAGGAGGUGGGGGUGGGCCGCCUCUGCCCAGAAAGCCAUACCCCCGGGGGGACACAGCCCGGUGGCUUGGCACAGCACACUCAGACCUGGGAUCUAGAGCAAUCUCUCUCACUCUCGCAGAAGCAUCGAGGGGAGUGAGGCGAGGGGCUAGGCCCCAGUCCCACCCACCCCACCCUACCCCCACCACUAACUCCCUUUCAGCCCCUUGUCCCUCUCCCCCUCCAGGGGGCUCAGCGGCGGGUUCUGUCAGCUAAGAGACCCUGGCCCGACUGUGGUCCGAAGCUGCCUGGGUUUGGACUGGCCAGCAGGUGCAGUCAACCGGCUGACCAAAUAGGCUACUUGGUCUCGUGCAUU